AUGAGAAAUAUACGCCAUUUUAAUCGAUUUUCUAUUUUUCCGGUCCUAACCGAUAAGGAAACCAAGACCACAAGGAGAAGGGAUCGAAGAUGCGCCUCAUGUAAUGAUGUCAUCGCUGAAGAACAAGCAAAGCUCUUCAAGGGACAAAAUAUCGCAAGCAUCCAUGAGAAAUCAACCUUAUCAGCAGAAUGUCAGAUGAUACUCAGAAGAUGGUGCCAUCCUGUUGAGGGAGAGCAGGUGACCACUGGUCUAUAG